AAACCCUCUCCCGCUGCCCUCCUUCAGUCUCCCUCCCGCCCGGUGCCCGCUUGUACCUUGGUGCCUGCGCCGCCGUCCGACGCCGCCCAGCCGCCCACUGCUGCUUCGAGCCGUCCACAGUCUAGCUUCCAGUUGGAGGAAAUAUUGAAUCUUGCCUGGUAAAACGACCUUGAUUUGUUAGGUGAAUAUAAGUUGUCCAAGGGGAGAAGAUAGUGACGGUUAAAAAAGUGAAAAACAAGGAAGGGAGGAAGGAAAGCUUCACAGUUCACAAGAGGGGAAAGAGGGUUUCAAGUUUCAACACUGCAAGCACAUUGUACUCAUCAGGACCAUUAAAGGUCUUAUUUUUUCAAUUCUCAAGGGUUCAAGCAACUGCAUUUAGAAAGUAGUUAUAAUGGAGAGUGGCGCUGUGAACGGUUCAAAAGAUUCAAAACCUCUGUCCAAGUGCAGGAAGAAGAAUCAAUCCUUGGAAGGGAUUUUCCGGCACGACCUAGAUCUCUGCUCCAGCAAGAAAGACCUUUCCAAAGCCAUUUCUCUCUACGAAUUUGCUCUUUCCAACUCCAUACACCUCAAUCUCUACCAUUUCAAUGUUUUGCUCUACAUUUGCUCCAACACCGCAACCGAGUCUGAAUCUCUCAGAGAUUCGGCUAUUCAGUUCGGAUUCAGAGUCUUCAAUCACGUUCUCUCGAGCAACGUCAAUCCUACGGAGGCUACAAUCACAGCAGCGGCGAGGCUCACGGCUGCCAAAGGCGAUGGGGAUGCCGCUUUUGAUCUGCUAAAAACCAUGCCUAAUUACAAUAUCACUCCAAAGCUUCGUUCGUACAGUCCUGUAUUGAUAUGUUACUGUCGAAGCCUGGAGGCAGAGAAAGCAUAUGGUGUCGAAGAGCACAUGGUUUUGAAUGGUGUCAAUGCAGAAGAACCAGAACUUAUGGCUCUGUUGAAGUUGAGUGUGGAAACUAUGCGAGACAAAAAGGUCUAUGAGUACUUGCAUAAGCUGAGGGCAUCUGUUAGGGGUGUGAGUGAGGCAACGCUGGAGAUUAUUGAAAGCUGGUUUUCUGGAAAUGCUGCUUCGGAUGUAAGUAUUGCGCAUUUGGAUGAUUCUGAAGUUGAAGAUGCUGUUUCUAGGAAUGGUGGUGGCUGGCAUGGACUGGGAUGGAUUGGGAAGGGGAGAUGGAUUGUGCGUAGAGGGAAUAUUGAUUCGAACGGGUGCUGCUGCUGCUGUAGUGAGCAAUUGGUGUGUGUUGAUACCGACAGAGCAGAAACUGAAAAGUUUGCUCAGUCUGUGGCUUCUUUAGCCAUGAAGAGAGAAUCCAAAUCGAAUUUUAAGGAUUUCCAGGAUUGGUUGAACAAGCAUGAUGAAUAUGGAGCUAUAGUGGAUGGAGCAAACAUUGGACUAUACCAGCAAAAUUUUGCAGAGGGUGGAUUUAGUAUUGUUCAGUUAAAGUCUGUUGUAGAAGAAUUAUACAAACAAAACAAUAAAUGGCCGCUUGUCAUUAUGCACAAGAAACGUGUUAGAAUGCUACUUGAGAAUGCUGAAUAUCGAGAGUUAGUCGAACACUGGAUGGCUAAAGGUGUGCUGUACGCAACUCCAUAUGGAUCAAAUGAUGAUUGGUAUUGGCUUUAUGCUGCUGUCCAGUUCAAGUGUUUGAUUGUGACAAAUGAUGAAAUGCGAGACCAUAUUUUUGAACUAUUUGGUAGAAAUUUCUUCCUCAGAUGGAAAGAAAGACAUCAGGUCCGAUAUUCGUUUAAGAAAGGUAUUGCGAGCUUUCAGAUGCCACCUUCUUAUUCUAUAGUUAUUCAGGAAUCUGUUAAAGGAUCAUGGCAUGUACCCCAAUCUUAUGAAACUGGUGAGGAGUCUUCCAGAGUCUGGCUUUGCAUCACCAGGCAAGAUUCUUCUACCGAAUUUGCCACUACUGUAGAUGUUUCUAAAGAUGCUGAAUUACCCAGCAAGAGUUUAGAUAAUGGAACUACUCUCAUUAACGAUAGGAUGUGUGAGAGUUCAAAUCCAUCUCACGCAUUGGGCAAGAGAAAAGACAGAUCUUAGUUAUAGGUGAACUGCUUCUAAUGUUGUUUAUUUAACAUUAACCUGUGUUUUUACUUCUUUUUUUUUUAGUUAAGCUUUGAGGUUUGCAAUUUUGAUAACAAAGAAAAGGAAAUUAAAGACUUUUGCAUAAA